CCCCUGAAAAUAGCUACAAAUAUUUAAUGGCGCCCCAGCUGUGCUGCCCGCACUGACUGCAUUUCGCCCCUGGGCAAACGAGAUCUAAUCAGCUGAAUUACAAUUAAGUAGUUGAACUAGCGAAGCGGUGGCGACGUGUUUUCCGCGGCCAGCUCUCUAGUCAUUUGGCGGUGGGCAGGCGGAAGGCACACACAAAACUAAAUCCAAAUCGGAUCGGCGGACAGACAGAUAUAGACAGGCGAUGAGUAGCGAUAAGGACGGUGAUAUCUUGCGGCCACUUAGCGAUAGCGAAGUGGACGAAUUGCUAGAUCUGUACAAAGUUAAGUUCGGGGUAAAGAACUUCCACUACCUGCUGCUGUACAACCAGCGAAAGUGGAAUCGCCAGCUACGCGAGGCUCAGAUAGCGCACAAUGAUCUGAACUACAUAUCGCUGAGGAAGCAGUUCUACACCCAUCGAAGGGGAAACUUCCGGGAGUGGGGCACCUAUGUGAGCCUUCAUCGGGACAUCGUGCAGAGCGUCUCCUUCUUCAGCUGGCAGCCCGAAGGAGCUGCGGAGCUGUGGGAAUGCCUGGAGCAAACGCAGCUCAUCGAGUGGACGCAGGGCGCCCUGCUGACCAACGUGGACCUGGGAUUUUGUGAUCGGGUCAAGGAGCUGGCCGCCAGGCGCGGAGUCACCUCCAUUCAACCUCGCCAGUGCUUCGGGAUGGUGCUGUCGCAUGAGGAUGCCCUAAGCGCAGAAGUUCCAGAGCUGCUCUCCGAGUUCGAUAUCCGGCGGCUGCGGGACGAGGACGCGGCCAUGGUGCACGAUUCCUGGCCCAACAAGGGUGAAGGAUCGCUCACCUAUCUCCGGGCUCUCGUCCGUUUCAACAAGUCCUUGGGCGUCUGCCGCAGCGACACUGGGGAACUGAUUGCCUGGAUCUUCCAGAACGACUUUUCCGGACUGGGCAUGCUGCAAGUGCUGCCCAAGGCGGAGCGCAGAGGACUAGGUGGCCUCCUGGCCGCUGCGAUGACCCGAAGAAUUGCCCGGGGUGAGGAGGUCACCCUCACGGCCUGGAUUGUGGCCACUAACUGGCGGUCGGAGGCGCUGCUCAAGCGGAUCGGGUACCAGAAAGAGGUGGUCAACGAGUGGAUUAAGCUGGUACCGAUUUCUUCAUAGAUUUCUUCAUACCGCUGGAGAUCUGGUGACGGUGCUGGAUUCCGUUGGAUAGUUGGACAACCGGUAAAUAGGUUAGGUCAAGAAGCACUUGGCGAUUUGCAUUUGCUAUGCCUAUGUACAUACAUGGUCAACAAUUUUAUUUUGGCAUUUAACAUGCGCUCACGCUUUCUGAAUACACUUUACGGCUUAAUCAAAUUCAAAAACAAAUUCGAAACUAGCGGGCGGGCAGGGGGGGGAUAUGAAAAUCGGGGACUCAAACUACUUAUUUACACAUUCGGCUCGGCGCCUCCAAAACAAUAUCAAAAAUACCUUUAAUUUACAGCAUUGCUUUGCAUUCUAAGUAUACACACAUAUAUUACGCACUUUUGACUCAAUCGGCCCAACAUCCAAAUUUUACAUUUUCGAUUGAUUAACUAAAGAAUUAGGUUAGGUCAUAAGGUCAGGCAUUUUAAACACCUUGCGUAUGAAUGUGUCGUUUUCUCUCAUAGCGAGAUUUAAAUUGAAAUUUUGCGAAACACUAGAGCAACACUAUAUUGAAAUUAAGACACUUCUUCAGUCACUCCUUUGCAUUAACUACUAAUCAUUAGCCGUAUUGUUUAAGCACCAUCUCAUCUACGUCUUGUUUUCCUAUUUCAAUGCAAUCAUAUAAAAGAAGCAAACUAAAUGUUUCAAAAGUAA